AUGUACGGUUCACUGGCUACUGCUGACCAGCUCUUGUCCAACGUCCAGAACCCUGGCCACAACUCUCUUGGCCUCCUUGGCAGCCUCUCUCCCGAGGACCAUCCCGUCGACUCGAUCGCCAUGUCGCACUCGCACUCCAUCCCAGCAUUCACCGGCCUUCAUGUGACUGGCAUGCCACAGUCCUCGUAUGGCGCCAGACGCGGCUCGGUCAGCUCGGCUGCCUCGUCGUCAUGUCUCAGUCUCGAACACGCUUUAGAUUACUCGGCGGCCUAUAUAUCUUACUCGCCUCGCUCCUUCACCCUGGGCGAGUCCCCCAUGAACCUGCCUGGCUCGCUCACCUCGCUGUCUGGCCGCGAGAGCCUUGCUCUUGGCACGCCCGGAACGUACGGCCAUGCCGACCUGCCUGCUUCGUACUCCAAUCAGGCAGCGUUUCGGCCUGAGCAGCACAUUGCGCUGCUCGCUCUCUCGCACGGUCAGGACGAGUUCAGCCUCGACAUGCCUCCGCCGUCGACAUUCAGGCGCAGAGCUGCUCACUCGUUCGACGUCUCGAUGCUUCCCGCUCAGCAUACCCAGCCCAACUUAUUCAGUCACUCGCAAAGGAUGAACGAGUCGGACGGCUCGGAAGAGACCAUGCCCAUGCCCAUGCCCACCUCCACCUCGACAGGCACGUUCUCGGGACAGUCGGUCAUCAACCUCAGUGAAGGCUUCCGCGCUGCCCAGGUGCCCGUCACUCCACAGCAUUCCAUGGCCGGCCGUGCCUCGCUCGUGCCCGCUUCCUGCGUGUUUACUCCCGGUCAAUCCUACUCUCCGAGCUUGACACUCGACCACUCGAUCCGAGUUGAUUUCUCCAACCCCAGUUCGCCCUUCUACCCUUCGGCGGUCGCGCGUCGAAGGCUCACUAGUGCCGACCAUGUUCACAGCGACUUGUAUGCGCCUCACGAGAUGAGCACGCUGAGCAAGAAUACGCCGCCUCGGCUCAGCCUCUCGGACAUCAACGGUCUUCACAAGCACGAGCCCAGCUUCCAGCCCGACCUCGCCUUCUGCGAUCACUUCCAGAGCCCGCCGAGCUUCCAGCCGCACCGAUCCAGUUUACCUGACAUGUCGUCCGCUGGCAUGACGGCGUCGGUCAUGUCGAGGGUCGCUUCGGCGCCCACGUCGAGUCCCAUGCCUCAGCUCACUCGCUCGUCGGCGUCGUCCGAGGCUUCUUUUUUCGCCUCGUUCCCAUCAACGCCUUCGUCGUCGAUCGCCUCGGCCGUCGAGGGUCGCAGGGCAAGCUACAUGUAUCCCACCACUCCUACUAACGACUUGAUGUCGCCCGGCAUUGAUCCUUACUACAGCGCUCCUCAGAUGUCGAGUCACCGCAGUAACAGCAUGAUCUCGCUUGGCUCGCCUAUCAACGACAGUGGCUUCGGCUCGAUGCUCCAUGGCCGAAGUUGCAGUGUCUCUGGCUCGGUGACACGCACUACGCCUCGGGGUCGUGUUCGCAAUGCGGGUCCUCCUCCUUUGAUUGUCAGCUCGGCGGAUAAGCUGCACGUCUGCCGCUGCGGUAAGCGCUUCAAGAGGAUGGAGCAUCUGAACCGACACAACCGCAUGCACACGCAGGAGCGUCCGCACAAGUGCCCCGUCGAGGCGUGCGGCAAGUUCUUUGGUCGCUCGGACAACCUCGCGCAGCACCUCAAGACGCACUUCCGACCCACUGGGCUCGUUGGAGCUUCUCCCGCUUAA